GAAGCUGCUCUACAGGUCAAGCAAAGCGCUCACUCCUCUUUCAAGAUGUCGUCCUUCGAAUCCUGGCAGUCUCCAUUGGCGGGGUGAGUUCGGCUGGCAGGCAAGGUGUUCUGCAGCGAUCAAGCUGACUGCUCUGCUGCUGCUUGCGCAUCUAUUCUCCCACUCCCUCAGGCGAUACGCCUCCAAAGAGAUGUCUUUGCUCUUCAGCAAUGCCACACGUUUCUCGACUUGGCGCGAGCUUUGGCUCAACUUGGCCAUUGCAGAAAAGGAGCUUGGUCUGCCCAUCCCGGACCAAGCUAUCGCUGAGAUGCGCGACAAUCUGAAGCUGAACGAAGAACAGAUGAAGGCGGCUGCUGAAGAGGAGAAGAAGAGAAGGCACGAUGUCAUGGCUCAUGUGCAUGUGUUUGGCACCGUCUGCCCCACUGCCGCGCCUUUUGUUCACUUGGGCGCUACUUCGUGCUACGUCACCGAUAACGCCGACUUGAUUUUCUUGCGUCGUGGGCUGGACAUACUCCUUCCCAAGCUGGCUCUCGUCAUCCAGCGUCUGUCCACCUUUGCAGAGAAGUACAAGUCAUUGCCUACACUCGGCUUCACCCACAUGCAGCCUGCACAGCUCACCACAGUGGGCAAGCGCGCCACGCUGUGGAUUCAGGAGCUGCUCUGGGACCUGCGCAACAUUACUCGCGCUAGGGAGGAUCUGGGUUUCAGAGGCGUGAAGGGCACGACGGGUACGCAGGCCAGCUUCUUGCAGCUCUUUGAUGGUGAUCACGAUAAAGUGGAAGCGCUGGAUGAGAGGGUCACGCAGCUGUUCGACUUUCCUUACGCCAUGCCCGUCACCGGACAGACCUACAGCCGCAAGGUCGACAUCGAUGUCCUCUCGCCUCUAGCGUCAUUUGCAGCCAGUGCCACCAAGAUGGCGACUGACAUUCGGCUGCUGUGCCACCUGAAGGAGAUUGAGGAACCCUUUGAGAAGGAUCAGAUUGGUAGCUCGGCCAUGGCGUACAAGAGGAACCCUAUGAGGAGCGAGAGGGUUUGCAGUUUGGCGAGGUGGUUGGGCAACAUCCUUCACAAUGCUCACGAGACGGCUGGCGUGCAGUGGAUGGAGAGGACCUUGGAUGAUAGCGCCAACCGCCGCUUGACCAUUCCCGAGGCAUUCUUGACUGCCGACGUUCUGCUCACGCUGCUGCAAAACAUCAGCGAGGGCUUGGUCGUCUAUCCAGCCAUCAUUGCUCGCCGGAUCGCUGGCGAGCUGCCGUUCAUGGCUACCGAGAACAUCAUCAUGGCAAUGGUGCGAGCAGGGGGUGACAGGCAGAUUUGCCAUGAGAAGAUCCGGGUGUUGUCUCACCAGGCGGCUAGCGUGGUCAAAGAGCAAGGGGGAGAGAACGAUCUGAUAGAUCGAGUCAGGAAAGACGAGUACUUCGCACCUAUUCACGCGAAAUUGGACUCGCUUUUGGACCCUAGGAGCUUUACAGGACGGGCCGAACAGCAGGUGGAUAGCUUUUUGCAGAAGUGGGUCGAACCGGCUCUCCAGCCGUACAGGGAAGGAUUCAAGAAUGCCAAGCAGGCUGAUCUGGCGGUGUGAUACGACGGCUUGUACGCGGAUAGACAAGGGCGAAAUUCAAAAGGGCUGCGACUUUUCAAAUGCCAAUCGGAUUACAUGCCGCCUCGUCUAAGUACGCACGCAGCGCACUCGCUCAGAACCCAAGAACGUUAUUCUCGGGCUUGUCACAUGUCCGCACUGCAGAACAAGGGUAGUCAGUAGUCAGAAAGGUGUGUCGUUCAUGGUGCGGAUCAAGCGUUGAGGCCUCGAGACCAUGUGAAAACUAAUGUGCAAGGCAGGUGUGUGCGAGCUGGGAGC